AUGGACUAUAGCGCAUCGAUAAACGACACCGAGGCCGCCGGCAGCUCUCCUUGGGGCAACUCCCCUAGCUCAUCGCCCCGGCCAACCCGCUCGACCUUCGCUUCUACCAUCAUCUCCGACGACUAUGUGCCCCCGGCUGCGAACAAUGGCCUCAACGAUGAGGAUGGCUUUGGUGCAGGAGACAACGGAUUCCAGCGACAUGACACCACCGACGCGCCCGGGUCUCAAUCUGGCGCCCUAUUCUCCGACGAUGUUCCCGCAAGCCAGCCGCAGCAGGAGAACCAGGCUUCAUAUUCGGCCGAGGUCAGCCAAGGCGAGGUCCAUCCGCAGUCUCAGACAGAGUCACACCAAGAGCCGCAACACGAGUACGGACAGCAUCAGCAAUCGCCACAACAACAACAACAUCCCCAGUACCCGCCCCAUCAGCAACAGCAACAGCAACAACAAUAUCAGCAAUACCAGCAGCAGCCACCGCCCCAGCAGCAGCAGCAAUACUCACCAGACCAGCGAGUGCAGCAGCAGUUCCGGAGACCGCAACCGCAGUUCAAGUUACAGGCUAAGAUUACUGGACUCGAACGUACCGGCCGCAAGGAUCCUAUUCUGAGAUUUGAUGUUCACACCAACCUUCCCAGUUUCCGUACGACCCAGUACCGCGAUGUACGCCGCCUACACUCCGAAUUCAUCAAGCUCGCUGAGCACCUCAUAUCCGCAAACCCCGAAGCCAUCGUGCCUGCUGUGCCACCAGCGCUUACCUCUGCUGGUGCCGGAACCGACGAGGAUGAGGCUCGCGUCAAGGCUCUGAUGCAACGCUGGUUCAACUAUAUCUGCAGCAACGAGGUCCUGAUGAGGGAUGACGAGAUGGUUCUCUUUACCGAGAGUGACUUCGGCUACAGCCCCAUGGUCAAGAAGAAGCAGCCCGCGACUGGUGUGCGCCGCAAGAUCCUGAAGCAGUUUGCUCCUCCACCCGAUGAUACCCCCGAGUUGCAGGAGGCGCGCCCAAUUGUUAAGUUGUUCUACCUUGGUGCCAUGGAUGCGGGUCAUAAGGUUGACAAACUUGUCAAGACUCGUAGAGGUCUGGGCCUUGUCGAAGCUGACUACGGCAUCAAGCUCUCGAACAUGCACAUCCAAGAGCCUCAUCCCGGUCUUUCGAACGCCUACCGCAAACUCGGCAAGGUCCUCCAGACCGUCGGUGACCUACACGCUGCCCAAGCCACCGCCGAGGCCACCACCAUUGGCGAUCCCUUCCAGUACCACUCCAGCGACGCCUUCAUUGUCAAGGAAACCCUCACCAACCGACAGAUCCUCAUGCGCGAGCUUCUUCAAGCCCAGGAGCUCACUCGCAGCAAGCUCAACGCCGCCGACCGGCUCAAAUCCUCGUCCAACGUGCGUCGCGAGCGCGUCGACGAGGCCAUCGCCUCCCUCCGCGACGCCCAAGAGGCCGAACUGACCCUGCAGCACAAGACCACCCGCGUCACUCAGAACCUGGUGCACGAGCGCCGCAAGUGGUUUGCCCGCACCGCCGCCGACAUGCGCCUGUCCAUCCGCGAGUACGUGAUCCGUCAGAUCGAGGCCGAGCGCCGCACUCUGGCCCUGCUUGAGAGCGUUCGGCCCGACAUCCGCGCCAUCGACUCCAGCGGCGGCCUGUCCCGCCUCGGCCGUGAAGCGCACCCCACCGUCCGCCGCGCCAGUGUGGCCGCCAGCCAGGGACCCAAGGGCGAUGCGUGGAGCGGUGUCCCCCGCGCAAGACUCGGUGAUGCCGGCCCGGCCAGUGGUGCCAGGAGCAUAUCCGGUAGCUUCAUGGCUGGUAGCGUGCUGGGUGUUGGCCCCGGCGUCGGUGUGGAAGGGGAGGAAGCGGGCGGCGAGGAUCCGGAGAGGCCAGGCAGCGGCGGUGCGAGGGGUGCUGCAGGCAGUCUGGUUGGUUUGCCAGAGGACGAUGAGGAUAGAGUGGAUGCCAGGAACGCGGCGAGUCGGUUGGCCACGAGCACCUUUUGA